CUGUGGCAGCAGGACAAGUUGCUUCGUUGAAGAAAACUUUUGAAACUUCAACUAUUUGGAUUAAAAUUCUCUAUCCGUGCAAGUGAUUUCAUUUUGGACGUAGCUAUGGCACAGGAUUGUGAUAACGAAGUGAUUACAGCAGAAUUUACGCGGCAUAAACACAAAGUUAUAUUCAGUGUUGCAAAGUGGGCUGUCUAAACGUAAUUGUUCAACACUGGACUGGAUUAUGAUUAAGUAACAACCUUGCCCUAGUCAACUAUUUAAGUCGAAGAUUCGUAUGCCGAGACAGCUAUAUAGUUAUAACGUUUAAAACUCAGCUUAGCCUUAGCACUAGCAAUGAUUUGAUGAGUCGAAUCUCUGUAAACGUUUUAAAUACUGAAAGAAUUUUCUUCUGUUUUACCACAACAUCCAGACUCUAGUUAUCCACUUCUACCAAGACAAAUGAAAAUGCUUGACCAAUUAUUCCAAGCGUUGGUUGCAGGAUUCGAUCAUAUUAUCUCAAAACGUUAUCCGUCUGUGGCCGCUUCCAGUACCCAAUUAGCACCUGUGUUAAUUGCUCUCCUGUGUUUAUCCACCUGCACGUUAGCUUCGGAGUCGGUUCGAACGUGCGAGCCCAUACGAUCCACCAUGUGCUCGGGUCUAGGGUACAACGUUACGGGCAUGCCCAACUUGGUGGAGCACGCAGACCAAGAGGACGCCAUCCUACUGUUGCAAACCUUCACUCCUCUUAUCCAGUACGGUUGCUCUAGUCGCCUUAAGUUCUUCCUGUGUUCUGUUUACGUUCCCAUGUGCACGGAGAAAGUUCUCACGCCGAUAGGGCCGUGUCGACCGCUGUGUGAAAGUGUCCGAGAUCGAUGCAAGCCGGUCUUACAUGAAUUCGGCUACCCGUGGCCCACGGCUUUGAACUGCUCCAAGUUCCCACUGGUCAACAAUCACGAGCACAUGUGUAUGGAGGGCCCGAAGGAUGAAGAAGACACUCAUACUGUACCCCCGAUUCGUCGACCGAACAGGCCGGAGCCCACGAUUGAGCCUGCUACAAAAGCGAACCCCAAUUACUCUGGAAAUCCACCUUUUCCCAACGGCAAUACCAAAACUGUACCACAGUCGAAUUAUGAACCCUGCAAGCAGUUUGGGUACAGGAGCCCAUCCAAGUACACGUUUAUCAACAGAACCCAUCGCUGUGCAAUGCUGUGCAAAGAAAAUGUUGCUUUCACAGAUGACAAUAAAUACUUUGCCAACGUCUGGAUGGCCGUGUGGGCAGGCCUCUGCUUCACCUCCACUCUCUUCACCAUCCUCACUUUCCUCAUCGACUCUCAGCGUUUCCGCUAUCCCGAGCGGCCGAUCAUCCUGAUGGCCAUGUGCUACAACAUCUACAGCAUAGCCUACAUCGUCCGACUCAUCGCGGGGCGUGAUGACAUCGCCUGCGACACUGAGAGCCAGAGCAAUCAGAGCAUUCUCAUCCAGGAGGGCCUGGAGAACACCGACUGCGCCAUUGUGUUCCUACUUCUCUACUUCUUCGGCACCGCAAGUGCUCUAUGGUGGGUCGUGCUCACCUUCACAUGGUUUCUGGCGGCAGGGCUGAAAUGGAGCCACGAGGCCAUACAAGUCCACAGCAGCUACUUCCACCUGGUUGCCUGGGCGAUACCUGCCAUCCAAACCAUUGUCAUCCUCGUUAUGAGAGACGUGGAUGCCGACGAGCUCACUGGGAUCUGCUACGUCGGCAACCAACACACGAGAACUCUAAUGGGUUUCGCCAUCGCCCCGUUGAUGGUCUACCUCAUCGUCGGGGUCUCUUUCCUAGUAGCGGGUUUUGUGUCACUUUUCCUAUCUGCAAAGAAAUCCACGGGGUCCUCGGAGAAGACCACCGGCAGUGGUGGGACUCCAGCACGGGAGGAGAAAAUCGAAGCACUCAUGGUUAGGAUCGGUAUCUUCUCAGUAUUGUACACUGUACCAGCAGCGUGUGUGAUAGGGUGUUUGUUGUACGAGUAUUUUUCCAGAGGAUCGUGGUAUUCUGUUUCAUCCAACGCAUCGCCGAACGUGGAGAUUUUCAUGCUCAAACUUUUCAUGUCUCUGGUGGUAGGGAUAACCAGCGGACUUUGGGUCUGGUCCACGAAAACUCUUGGCUCAUGGAGGACACAAAUAAAGAAAGUUUUUCAGCCCCGACGAGACAGAAAAGGUAUUGAGUAUAUAGUUCCAGUGCACCAGUAUCAUCAGGUGCCGGCAAAAGUGGGCAGUGCGUCGUCCUCCUCUAGGGCUAUUCGAUCAGAAAAAUCCAAGCGGGGAAAAUCAGACAGUGAAACUAUUGUUUAAGCUACUGUGUAAGUUUGGGACAAGGGUAGUGUUUGUAGAUACUGUAAUUAUUUAAACUGUGAAUACUUUGCAUCAAACGAACAGUCAGGGAUAUAAAUGUACAGUAGUAUAAAUAUAUAUAUAUUUAAUGUUUUGAAAGUAUUUCCCCCCAAUGCAGAUCACAGCCAACACCAAUGAUAUUUAAAAGGCAAAGCAAAAAAAGCUCUGCUUUCCUGAGCAUAACACAAGAGGUCAUGUUUUCCACCUUUAAACCCAUGAAGCAACACAACUGUCUAGCAGCGAGACAAAUCGUGCUGGGAAAUUUACAUAGGGCACAGCACACUCCCGCAUUGUAUUCAGCACACUCCUGUAUUGUAUUCAUUGUGCAUGCUGUCUUUCAGACAUUCAGUUUGUCAGAUAGUGUUUUAUGACUAUACCUUAUUCGCACUCGCCAC